AUGGAUCAGGCGUUGCUGCUGUCUGUGCUGCUGAGUCAGUGGUGGUUCUCAGUGUCUCAGUACCAUCUCGUAGUUGAGCCCAUGUCGUGGUCUGAUGCUCAGACUCACUGCAGACAGCACUACUCUUACCUGGCCACAGUCACUGACAUGAAAGACGUGGAGGAGCUGAAGGAGGCCGCAAACGGACACACAGACGCCUGGAUCGGACUUCAUCGGACCAGCGAGAGCGACUUAGACAGGACAUGGCACUGGUCUCACCCCACAGUCCAGUAUAAGGAAGAAGAGUCUCAGUGGGCCGCAAACGAACCCAACAAUGCUGGAGGUGUGGAGAACUGUGUGAUCGUUAACAAUAAAGACCUGUGGUAUGAUGUCCGUGAAGUAGAGCACAGAUGUUUUCUCUGCUACGACGAGACCUCCAGCACCACUUUCAUGAUAGAACCCAAAGACAAAAUAUCAUGGUUAGAAGCUCAGAAAUACUGCAGGACUCACCACACCGACCUGAUAAGUGGACUGGACCAGCAAAGACUCAUGGACCAAAAAUAUCCAGUCCGUAGUGAUGAGUGUUGGAUUGGCUUGUCCCGGGACAACUGGGGCUGGUCAGAUGGAAGCAACUCCCCUUUCAGAAACUGGAAGACAAAUGUGAAUCCAGUGGAAACAAAAUGUGCAGCUCUGAGAGAUGAGGGCCGAUGGGACAGCGACAACUGUGGCCUAAAGAAGAGCUUCAUCUGCCAUGGAGGUAACAACAACAGCUGA